UCCGCUUUGGAUACAGUAACCCGAGAGAGAGUCGCUAUCAAGAAGAUUUCUCCCUUCGAGCAUCAAACAUUCUGUCAAAGAACGUUACGAGAAAUAAAGAUCCUGACGAGGUUCAAACACGAAAACAUUAUUAAUAUACAAGAAAUAAUACGAUCUGUUUCCGUGGAGCAAAUGAAAGACAUCUAUAUUGUUCAAUGUUUGAUGGAAACUGAUUUGUACAAGCUGCUCAAAACACAGAAGUUAUCUAACGACCAUGUUUGCUACUUCUUGUACCAGAUUCUUCGCGGACUGAAAUACAUUCAUUCGGCGAAUGUCCUUCAUCGAGAUCUUAAACCUUCAAACUUGUUGCUCAAUACCACUUGUGAUCUCAAGAUUUGCGAUUUUGGUUUGGCUCGAGUCACUGAUCCUCAAACCGAUCACACUGGAUUCUUAACCGAAUACGUUGCCACGCGGUGGUAUCGUGCACCAGAAAUUAUGCUUAACUCCAAAGGCUACACCAAGUCAAUCGACGUUUGGUCGGUGGGUUGCAUCCUAGCUGAAAUGUUGAGCAAUCGCCCACUUUUCCCGGGCAAACACUACCUCGAUCAACUAAACCUUAUCCUUGCUGUUGUGGGUUCACCUUCACAGGAAGAUUUACAAUGUAUUAUUAAUGACAAGGCUCGUUCUUACUUGAUCUCCUUACCGCACAAGCCUAAGCAACCAUGGUCCCGCCUCUAUCCAGGAGCUGAUCCUCGAGCACUGGAUCUUCUCGAAAAAAUGUUAACCUUCAAUCCACAUAAUAGAAUAAAUAUCGAACAAGCACUGGCCCAUCCGUAUCUCGAGCAGUACUACGAUCCGAAUGAUGAGCCGGUUUGUGAAGAGCCGUUCACGUACGAGAUGGAGCUUGACGAUUUGCCGAAGGAAAAGCUCAAGGAGCUGAUCUGGCAGGAGGCCGAACUACAUCACACUCGCAUGCAAGAAGAAGCUGCUAAGGCUGCUGUACAAUAA